UAGUGUGAGACAUGAAGUCACGUGGGACUUUCGAGGGGCGUUUCUGGGCGGAGCUUGGUAAGGUCCAUGGAACCCAGUGACCCGUUCUGGUCGUUGUGGCCCAACAUAACCUCCAGCUGAGAUUUCCAUUCGUCUUAUAUUGUUUUUCUAAAGGUUCCAGGAUUUCAACCAGGCUGAGCUCUGGGCUUUGAUUAGGCCACAGUAACACCUUCGUCAAACCUCGUGUUGUAGACUCGCUGUGUGUUCGGAACCAUCAGUCUGCUGACGACCUGGUUUGGGUCUGGCUGCAACUGAGGAGCAGACGGCCUCAGAUCAAUCCCACAUCACCAGCCUGCCACCGCCGUGCUUCACAGCCGGGAUUUCUGCUCAUUUCUCUGAAGUUUCCGCUCUGCAGAAUAAUGGAUUCAGGUAGUUUGGUAAUGACCUUCGAACCCUUCCCAGCAUCAUUGCUGAUCUCUUUCCCUCCUGGCAUCGUGUAUAACAGAACCACUGUUCACUCAGCUGGGUCCAAAUCCACCAGAACCGGGUCAGCAUUACUAUUUCACAUUUUCUCCAUUUUAUCUUUCCAGCCCAAAACAAACAGAGAUUUCUCUCUCAGUCAUCUGCCGGUUCCUGGUUCUGAUCCAGUUCAACAAUCAGAACCUGAAUGGAACCAUUUCUGCGGCCCAGUCUGUCUCAUUGGAUAUGAAAAGCUCAGAACUUUUUCCUCCGUGGGACUCCGUGUUUUCCAGCGUCUGUUUUCACAGAUGUCUCAAACAUCUGGAGCCGAAAACACCUCAGGGCGUCCCUACCUGGGCCCCUGGCGGCCCCGGGGGGCCCGCGGGUCGGCUCGCUCUUGUUUGUCCUCCGGAUCGGAGCGGGUUCCCUCUUUCUCGGCUAGGUUCGUUUGGGUUCGGCGCUGAAACGGUUAAAAUGUCUCCGCGGAAAGUAAGCGGACACCGCGCACACACCUGACCCCGCCCACCCGCACCGCCCCGCCUGCAGCAGCGAGCGCACACACACUCCGCGAACUUCCCUCAGUUGGUCCGGAGCGGCAGCGGAGCAGCAGGAGUUCGGUCCGGACGGGCAGGACGGCGCAGAGGGGACACCAUGAAGCUCCUCCUGCUGCUGCUGGUGAUGAUGAUGAAGAUAUCUGGCAGCAGCAUGAUGAUGGAGACGAUCUCAGACCGAGGAACCAGAACCAGACGCUACGCCAUCAACCCGCUGGGACACAAGUGGGCUCAUCACAACAUCACAUACAGGAUCAUAAAGUUCCCCAACACCCUGAACAAGGAGGACACCCGGAAGGCCAUCAGCAUCGCCUUCACCAAAUGGAGCGACGUGUCGCCGCUGACCUUCACCGAGGUCACCAACGGCAGCGCCACCGCUGACAUCACCAUCGGUUUCUACACCUUCAACCACACUGACUGCUGGUGGUCUCCUCUCCAUCCGUGCUUCGACGGCCUGAAUGGGGAGCUGGCUCACGCCUUCCUGCCGCCUCGAGGAGAGAUCCACUUCGACAACCAUGAGUUCUGGAUCCUCGGGAAGUCCAGGUUCAGCUGGAAACAAGGCGUCUGGCUGAACGACCUGGUCCAGGUGGCGGCCCAUGAGAUCGGUCACGCUUUGGGGCUGUGGCACUCCAGAGACCCGGAUGCCCUGAUGCAUCCCAACGCCACGUACACCGGGCAGAGAAACAUCGCUCAGGACGACGUGUGGGGGAUCCAGAGGCUCUAUGGAUGCCAGGAUAAGAAGAGGGUCUGCGAUCCAUGGGCUCGACUCGGAUUCUGUGAACGGAGGAAGACUUUCAUGAGGAAGAACUGUCCGCAGCGCUGUGACCUUUGCUACGAACCCUUGGAUGUGGUCGCCACGCCAACAUCACCCCCUGCCAACGUGAAGAUCAAGAUGGUUCCUCGAGGGAAGGUGGUGGGUUUCCGCUGUGGCACCAAAAGCCUCCGUUCUCCCCCUAAAGUCAGCUGGUACAAAGACGGCGAGCAGAUCCUGACCUCCAUUCCUGGGUACAUUGUGAUGAAGGACAGAGACCUUCGCAUCGUUGCAAAUGAGUUCAACGAGGGCGUCUACACCUGCCGGAUCCACCGGCGUGGAGACAUCGUGUCCGCCAACUCCUGGGCCAUCCGGCUGAAACCAGAGCAGCCGUCCAACAGCUGAGAACGUCUGCAGGCAUCAACACAGGGACAGUAAGGAGACACAGAGGCAUAUGGGGUGUAGCGACCCUGAGAAAAGUCUAUCAGUUUCUAGAGCAGGGGUGUCAAACUCCAGUCCUCGAGGACCGGUGUCCUGC